GGUACAGAUUUUAAGGAGAAAUAACGUCCUCUCAGAGCCAGUUUACCUAAGUAUACCAUAUUACAAUGUCGAUAAUUAAAAGACAUGUAUCUGUAUAUUGGUUACGUUUGCAUUCCCCCUACACAGGUAGUCUCUGCACGGUGGAAUGUUACUGAAGUUUGCUAUAGAAGAAUGUAGUCCGUUUACAGUAGACACCUGAGGGCAGUAGACACACCCUAUCAGCAGCGAAAUAAGCUAGAUAUAGGAGUUUCUUUAAAGAAAUCGAAACUUACUCCAUUAUACCUUUCAGCUUACUAGAUUUUACCUGUCUACGCAGUUCCUCACAGCUUCAUUUUCAGGUAUCUAUGUUUAAUUUAAAUUUUUGCUAUAUUUAUGUUCGUAUGAAUAUAUGCCUAAUAUGUGAGAAAUACUCAGCCUAAUAAGGACAUAGAUUAGUUUGUCUGGAAGUAUGUCACCCUUAACUAACUGAUGAGACCCGAGGUGCAUAAAUUGCUAUCUGGUUUGCUGGGACUUCUCCUCACUGGGUCUUCACUGGUUCUCACUUAUGUUGAGAUUUCCUUGGGCUUAAAUUUCUGGAUUGUUUUCUUCUUGUGAGUUUGAAAAGUCUGAAAUGCUGAAUAGCACAAUAUAGUAUCCCAAUAAUGUAGGGGGUAUUGUAUUUACACAGAACAAAUUAUUUAAGCUGUAGUCUGUUUUCAGUCAGUGUCAUUGAAACUUUGUGUUUGGUGUGCAAUUACGUUCAAAUUUACAAUUUAGUAAAAGGGACUUUCAUCAGAAACCACCUGAUGGACAGUAUGGCAACAGUUCUGCUACUGAAGUCAUCAUGUAUCAAAAAGUCACAUAAUAUCUAAAAUGUUCUAGGGCUUGUUAAAAUGUUCAGCUCUCCUGGGAGCCAAUUCAAUCCCUAUUCAUCUGUGUCCUUCUACUACCAUGCCAUUUCUUUUUAGUUUGGCUAAUUAAAUAAGCCUAAAAUUAAAAAAUUAUUUCGGAUUGCAAAUAAUUCACAUUUUAAUGAAUAACCUUGUAUGUCUGUUCGAGAAGAAACAUUCAGCUAGAAGUCAGAUUUUAUUUGAUUGAAACCUUUUCAUUUAUUUAUUUAUAUUUAGUUUUUAUACACUGAUCAGCCACAACAUUAAAACCACCUGCCUAAUAUUGUGUAGGUAACCCUCGUGCUGUCAAAACAGCUCUGAUGCAUCAAGGCAUGGAUUCCACAAAACCUCUCAAUGUGUCCUGAGGUGUCUGGAUCCAAGUCAGUAGCAGCAGAUCCUUUAUGUCCCGGAAGUUGUGAGGUGGGUCCUCCAUUGGUCAGAUUUGUUGUUCUAGCACAUCCCACAGAGGCCAAGGCAACACCUUGAACUCUUUGUCAUGUUCCUCAAACCACUCCUGAAUGAGUUUUUGCAGUGUGGCAGGGUGCAUUAUCCUGCUAAAAUUGGCCACUGCCAUCAGGGAACACCAUUGCCAUGCAGGGUUGUACGUGGUCUGGAAAACUCUCUAGGUAUGUGUUUUAUGGAGGCUGUGAAAGCUGCCCAAAAAUGUGUUUAUUAAAUGGACACUAUAGGCACCCAGACCACUUUAGCUCAUUGCACAACUUUUGGUAGGUGCUAACCAUUGAAUAACGGAAAAAAUACCCCACCAAACUUGCUGUUUUGAAGAUGCUUUGACCCAUUCUUCAAUCAAUUUACUAUUUGGGCCUUGUCAAAGUCACUCAGAAUUUACUGGCCCAUUUUUCUUCUGAUUCCAACACAUAAAAUUCAAGAACUGACUGUUCACUUGCUGACAUAUUUAUACCAGCCAUUGACAGGUACCAUUGUAAUGUAAUCAAUGUAUAUCACUUCACCUAUCAGUGAUUUUAAUGUUGUAACUGAUCAGUGUUUGCGCAUGCUUUACUUUAUUCCACCAUAGGUAAAUCUAUAUAAAUGCAUUUUUGUUGUGCUGUAUGUUUUUGUGACACUACUUGAACUUUCGGACAAUUUCACUAACACACCGAUAGAAAUAUUUAAAAUUAUUAGUAGAGCUUUAAGUGUCUAAAGUGCAUGUUAUCAUUAUUUUGUUUCCUUAACUUUUCUCUUUGUUAGCUCUGAAAGUAUACCAAAUGGCUAAGCAAAGUAUGGAAGAUCUGUCUGAUCUAAUGAUUAAAAAGAGGAAGAAGAAGUUCAGUGACAAAGAGGACCAAGUACUGGUCAAGGAAAUCCUAUCCCAUGUCGAGCAAUUAUAUGGACCAAAUGCCUCCAACUCCUUAAGGAAAACAGUUAUCUGGCAAAAUAUUGUCACAAAGAUUAACAAAGAAGGUGGAACAAACCGCACACUCAUGGAUUGCAAAAAGAGAUGGAGUGACUACAAAAGGAAAAUUAGACGUGUGCUAACGGAAAAAGCUCCUGAUGUCAACAUGGAAAAGAUUCUAAAUUCCACUCAAUUAAGAGUAGCUAAAUUUUUCCGGAUGGAUCAAGAGAACGAAAGCGACACUCGAAAAUCAGGAAAUGUCAUACCUGAUAAUGAAGGCAAGUCUUUGACUGCAUAUGUUCUAUCAUACCUCCUACCCUACCCCUACCAUAACCCUACUCCUAACCCAACCCUACCCUAUCCCUACCUCUAACCCUACCCUUAAGCCUACUCCUAAACCAACCCUACCCUAAGCCUUCCUCUAACAGUACCCCUACCUUCCCCUAAACCAAUCCUAACCCUACCCCUAAACCAACCCUACCCCUACUCCUAAACCAACCCUAAACCUACCCUGACCCUAUCCUACCAUAACCCUAACCCUACCCCUAAACAAGUUUAUUUUCCUGGCACUAUAGUUUACCUUUAAUAAACACAUAGAAACAUAGAAUGUAACGGCAGAUAAGAACCAUUCGGCCCAUCUAGUCUGCCUAAUUUUCUAAUAUUUUCAUUAGUCAAUGCCCUUAUCUUAUAGUUAGGAAAGCCUUAUGCCUGCCCAAUGCAUGAAUAAAACCACUUCACUGUGUUAACCUCUACCAAUUCAGCUGGAAGGCUAUUCCAUGCAUCCACUAGCCUCUCAGUAAGGUAAUACUUCCUGAUAUUAUUUUUAAACAUUCGCCUCUCUAAUUUAAGACUAUGUCCUCUUGUUGUGGUAGUUUUUCUUCUUUUAAAUAUAGUCUCCUCCUUUACUGUGUUGAUUCCCUUUACGUAUUUAAAUGUUUCUAUCAUUUCCCCCCUGUCUCGUCUUUCCUCCAAGCUAUACAUGUUAAGUUCCUUUAACCUUUCCUGGUAAGUUUUAUCCUGUAAUCCCUUCUCAGAACUCAAUAUCCUUCUGGAGAUACAGUCUCCAGUACUGCGUACAAUACUCCAAGUGAGGUCUCACCAGUGUUCUGUAAAAUGGCAUGAGCACUUCCCUCUUUCUGCUGCUAAUACCUCUCCCUAUACAACCAAGCAUUCUGCUAGCAUUUCCUGCUGCUCUAUAACAUUGUCUGCCUACCUUUAAGUCAUCUGAAAUAAUCACCCCAUACAUCCCUUUCCUCAGAUGUUGAGGUUAGGACAUUUGAAGGAGAAAAUCUACCAUUUAUUUGUUUUUCCUUCACUGAAAAUGUUUCUCAUUGUUUUCAUUAAGUUUGGUGUAUUAAAGGACCACUCCAAGCACCAUAUGCCCUACUGCGCUCUAGUUCCCUCCCAAUGUAAGUAGUCAAAUCACUUGCUAAAGGUUUGACAACUUACCUGGCUGCUGUAAUGUUAAUGGUGCUUGGAGUGUUCCUUUAACUGCAUCUGCUCUAAUACCCCCCCAUUACAUUUUUGAUAUAUGGCUUAUUUUUGGCACGUGACUCAUUGGUGUUCUCAUGGAAAAGCUUCCUUUUUCUUUCAUUUUUACAUUCCAUAUUUUCUAUUUAUCUGAGUGACGAAAAUAGUUCACAUAAAAGUAAGUCUUUAUCUUAUCAAUAUUGUUUUGAAAGUGUAUAACAUGUAUGAAUGCUGUAUGAUAUUUCUUCUUUGUUUCAAAAUAUAUUCUCUUUUUGCAAGCUGUAUUUUGUCACAAAAGUUUUAGCUGGCCCACAGGUGAAUAAAAAAAAAAAAAAAAAAAAUUUAUGUUUUUAAAUUGAGGGAUCUGCAAUGGUUCCUAUCACUAUAUUGCUCAGUGUUAAAAGAUCCUAUAUAAUUUUUGGCGCUAUAUGGACCUCAUCACCCCUCAUAGAUCAGCUUUUACAAAUAAUUUUUUUAAUGGUCUGCCUGUGUUAGACUGCAAGCACCACAGCUUGUACGGCAAACCUCCUCAUAUUGCGGGUGCCGGGAUGAGACAGUAAGAAGGCAGAAUUGUCGGGUGGCAGAGGACCAACCUCGGGAUUUAACCGUUUAACUUCUAAAGGUAAGAUGACACCCAGACAUCCCUGUCCCUAACUUCAAUGAGGUUGAGUGUGAGUGCGAGUGUUCCUUUAUGUGUUAAGUUAUAUUAGAGCAUUAGAUUUGUUGAGAAGUAAAUUCACUGAGCUGAACAAUGUAAAAAGAAAGAUUUCUUAGCUCAUGUGUAUCCUGUAAAAGUAAUAAUUGCAGACUUUUAAAUUCUUUUUUUUUUUUUUUUUUAAUUAUAGGAAAACCGUUUCAGUCAUUUGAGCACAUCAUUUCUGAUCUGUCUGAUGACUCAGAAGAUGCUCCCUUGAAUAGAUCAGCCCCAUUGUUGCAUUCUUAUGUUGGUAAUGAUGCUCAAGUUCAAACGGUCUCGCAAUCUUAUUUGGAGGACCAACUAAAAAGAGAGUCUGAAUCCGGCAGCAACCCAAGUACCAGCUGCAAGCCUUCUUCACUUAAACGAUCCAAAGACAGUGCACUGACUGUGCCAAAACAAGAGUUUAAACAUUUAGAUGAUAAACUAGAUAGCUUGAUUACCAUCCAAAAACAAAACAGUGAGAUCUUGCGUCAUUUUCAAACUAGUAUUUCUAUGAUCCUUGAGCUCCAGAAAAAAACGAAUCGCCUGCUGAAAAGCAACUUUAAAGAGAUGCAGAACUCUCUAAGCCUCACACAGAAGAUGUCAAAAGGCCAAGAAGAAAUGUUGAACAUCAGAAUAAACACUGUGCAUACCCAAUUAAAUGAUUUAAAAGAUACGCUUCAUGCAAAAUUUCAAAACUCAACAACUAGUGAUGAUUCUGAUGAAGACUCUAACUCAGUACAAAAGUCAACCUAUACUCCUGCAUUCAAGAAAUAUAAAAGCGAUGAGGGUGCAAUUUUAAUGUCUCCAGUGGGGAAAAAAUGAUGCUAAGCUCUAUCAUCUUAAAUAUAUAGGAAACUAUAGGCACAAAAACAACUUUAGCUUAAUGAGGCAGUUUUGGUUUAUAGAUCAUGCCCCUGGUGUCUCACUGCUCAAUUCUUUGUACCAUUUAGGAGUUAUGUCACUUUGUUUAUGCAGCCCUAAUCACACCUCCUGUAACGAGUCAUCUAAUGUUUAAGCUUUCUAUAUUGCACAUUAUGUUUAAUUUAGAAUGUAUUAUCUUCUUCUUUGUUAAUAGCCUUCUAGACCAUACAGGUGCAUCCCGUGUGUGAUUAAAGUUCAAUUUACAGAGCAGGAGAUAGGAACUUCUAAAGCAAAUUAACAUCUGAUUGAAAAUGAAGCCAUUUUUUUCAUGGAGGCUGUAUCAGUCACAGCUACGGGAGGUGUGGCUAGGGCUGCAUGGACAAAAACAAAAGUGAUCUAACUCCUAAAUGGCAGAGAAUUGAGCAGUGAAACUUCAGGUCCAUAAUUUAUUAUCUAUUAUCAGUAAGCUGAACCAAAGCUGACAGUGUUAGGAAAGACUAAACACAAACACCAAUGACAAGCAAAAAUAAACAUACUAGUAUUUUAGCAUUAACAAACUUAACAUAUUGUUGUAAUAAAUAGAUUUACAGAUCUUUUCCAUGUGCAAAACAUUAUCAGGGUUUAUUGAUAGGCUAAACCCAUGUUUACUGAAUUCCAGAUCCAAACUGUGACCAAUCACUAGAGAGGAGAAUUUUGGGUUCUGCAUCUCUACCUUAUACUUUUCGCAUGUAUUUGUUACAAUUUUUUUUUUUUUAAAUCAGCACCAACUCUGCAAAUUGAAUAACAAAAAGCUAACUAAAAUAGUGAAGCUGUAACUGUAGAUAAGUUGGAUUUUUUUUUACUAAUGUAUUUAAAGGACCACUUCAGCUUAAUGAAGUGGUCUGGGUGCCAGGUCCAGCUAGGUUUAACCCUUUCUUCUAUAAACAUAGCAGUUUCAGAGAAACCGCUAGGUUUAUAUUAGGUUAAUCCAGCCUGAAAAUCACAGAGAGAAGACGCCAGCGUCCAUAGGAAAGCAUUCAGCCGAGGAGGAGGAGAGUCCCCCGCCCGGUGCUGUAGAAAGAGGUAAGUUUAACCCCUUCCUCCCCCUAGAGCCAGGGCAGGAGGGGGACCCUGAGUGUUGGGGGUCACCCUCAGGGUACUAUCUUGCCAGGAAAACGAGUAUGCUUUCCUGGCACUAUAGCGGUCCUUUAAGAUGAAAUGCUGCCAGUUUCAAAUUUACUGCAAUUUCCUGUUUAGGGAAUAAACCACUGCUGACUCAGUAGUCAUUGCAUUGUGGAAUAAACUUUCAUGCACAUACCUCAGAUGUUGUUAUUGAGUUGCUGCUCACAACUCUACAUUGUAGAUUUGCAUCAUAUAUUAAAGUCAAAUAUACUGUUGUCAUUUUAUUUUUAAAUAAAA